CGUCAGCUAGGUUUAGGUUUUUCUGAUUGGUUGACCCGGGGAAGGUGGGGUAAAUUUGAAUUCAGGCGAGCAGACAGUUGCGGAGUUCGGUGGCCGUCGGGGAUCCAGGUGUCACACGCCAUGUCUUUUCCUAAGGCGCCCCUGAAAAGAUUCAAUGACCCUUCGGGUUGUGCGCCGUCUCCAGGUGCUUAUGAUGUUAAAACUUCAGAAGUGUCUAAAGGACCGGUGUCUUUUCAGAAAUCACAAAGAUUUAGAAACCAAAAAGAAUCUCAACAAAAUGUUAAUGUUGACAAAGAUACUACCUUGCUUGCUUCAUCUAAAAAAUCAAAGACAUUGGUGUCAAAGAAGGAACCUCAGAAGAAUGAUAAAGAUUUGAAGAGAUUAGAAAAAGAGAUUCGUGUUCUUUUGCAGGAGCGAGGUGCUCAGGACAAACGGAUCCAAGAUAUGGAAUCUGAGUUGGAGAAGACAGAAGCAAAGCUAAAUGUAGCAGUCAGAGAGAAAACAUCUCUUUCUGCAAGUAAUGCUUCAUUGGAAAAAAAGCUUAUUGAGCUAACCAGAGCCAACGAGCUACUAAAAUCUAAGUUUUCUGAAGAUGGUCAUCAAAAGAGCAUGAGAACUCUAAGCCUGGAGUUGAUGAAACUUAGAAACAAAAGAGAAGCGAAGAUGAGGAGUGUGAUGGCUAAACAUGAAGGCAUGGAGCUGAAGCUGCAGGCCACUCAGAGGGACCUCGUAGAGUCACAGGGGAAAAUAGUCCAACUGGAGGGCAAACUUGUUUCCAUGGAGAAAGAACAGAUUGAUGAAAAAUCUGAAACAGAAAAACUCUUAGAAUACAUCGAAGAAAUUAGUUGUGCAUCUGAACAAGUAGAAAAAUAUAAAGUUGAUAUUGCCCAGUUAGAAGAAGAUUUGAAAGAGAAGGAUCGUGAGAUUUCAAGCCUUCAGCAGUCUCUUGAGGAAACCCUCGAAUUUUCCAAGCAAGUAGAAGACCUGACUGUUAAAUGUCAGCUGCUUGAAAAGGAAAGAGAUGAUCUUGUCAACAAGGACAGAGAAAGGGCUGAAAGUCUCAGUGCCGAGAUACAGAUUGUAACAGAGAAGCUUGUUCUAGAAAAACAAGAAUAUGAAAAGCUGCAACAAAAAGAAAUGCAAAUUGAGUCACUUCUACAACAAGAGAAGGAAUUGUCUGCUAGUCUUCAGCAGCAGCUCUCCUCUUUUCAAGAGGAAAUGACCUCAGAGAAGAAUGUCUUUAGAGAAGAGCUAAAGCUUGCCCUGGAGGAGUUGGAUGCGGUACAGCAGAAGGAGGAACAGAGUGAAAAGCUGGUUAAACAGCUAGAAGAAGAGACGAAGUCAACCGCUGAACAACUGAAGCGGCUAGACGAACUGCUGAGAGAGAAAGAAGCUGAGUUGGAGAAAUGUAAUACUGCUCAUAUCCAUGCCACCUUGACUUUACAGGAGAGGUAUAAUGAUACAAUGCAAGACCUUAGAGACAUUACUGCUCAAUUGGAAAGCUAUAAAACAUCAACACUUAAAGAAAUAGAAGAUCUUAAGCUGGAAAACCUGACUCUACAAGAAAAAGUAACCAUGGCUGAAAAAAGUGUAGAAGAUGUUCAACAGCAGAUACUGACAGCUGAGAGCACAAAUCAAGAGUAUGCAAGGAUGCUUCUAGAUCUGCAGAACAGGUCAACAUUGAAAGAAGCAGAAAUUAAAGAAAUCACAUCUUCAUCUCUUAAGAAAAUAACUGACUUGCAAAAUCAACUCAAACAACAGGAUGAGGACUUUAAGAAGCAACUUGAAGAGGAAGAAGCGAGAAAAGCAGAGAAAGAAGAUACAGUGGCAGAGUUGACUUUGGAAAGUAAUAAAUGGCAUCUCCUUUAUGAAGAACUAUAUAACAAGACUAAGCCUUUUCAGCAACAACUGGAUGCAUUUGAAGCAGAGAAGCAGGCAUUGUUGAAUGAACGUGGUGCAACACAGGAACAGCUAAAUAAGAUCAGAGACUCUUAUGCAGAGCUGCUGGGUCACCAGAACCUAAAGCAGAAAAUCAAGCAUGUUGUGAAACUGAAAGAUGAAAAUAGCCAGCUCAAGUCGGAGGUGUCAAAACUCCGAUCUCAGCUUGCUAAAAGGAAACAAAAUGAGCUCAGACUUCAGGGAGAAUUGAAUAAAGCUCUGGGCAUCAAACACUUCGACCCUUCCAAGGCUUUUCAUCAUGAAUCUAAAGAGAAUUUUGCCCUCAAGACCCCAUUAAAAGAAGGCAACACAAACUGCUGCUGAAUUCUGACGGAACAUCAAGAAUCAUGGAAGUAUAUCUCUGAAAUGCAUGUUGAAGAUUAUUUUCUUCAUUAUUCCUGAUAUUAUGUUCAUAGUAUAUAGUAUAUAUUUAAUUUCUACUGACUAUUCUUAGGUAUAUGAAAGGACAUUCAUCAUUUGUUAUGAAAAUGUCUUUUUGACAUUGUAUUUUCUAUUAUGUAUCUCUUUAAUCUUUACCUUUAUCAUCUCGUUCUGAGUCGUCUGAAUUAUUUUGCAGCUUACAUUGCAUUACCAUCAAAUCAACAUUUUUUUCAAGAUCAGUAUUAAAAAUUUCCCCCCUAUUCUGUAUUCCCCCAAUGUUUUUAGCUUGAUUUGAGAGUUCUUUCUAUUCUGAUGAAGAGUAGAGAGGCUCAAGCACUUUGGCUUGCUCUUGCAUCUGCUUUGAUUUAUUUAUCAUGCUCACUCUGAUCUCCCUGUCUACUUUUCACUUCCAAUAGAAAUAAGGGCACCCUUAGCUCCACAGUAAACCUGCUGUGGUUUUUUGUUUGUUUGUUUGCUUUUUCAGGGGGGGGUGUUUAAGACAGGGUUUCUCUGUGACUUUGGAGGCUGUCCUGGAACUAGCUCUUGCAAACCAGGCUAGUUUCGAACUCACAGAGAUCCGUGUGUGCCAUCACCGACCAGCUUUCUUUUGUUUUUUAAUGAAAGUCACUGGGUUAUUUAAUCAUUUCCAGAUUCCUUGGCUCUACCCCAGUUCUAAACUAAAGCAUGUAGCUUGGCCUAUAAAUCUAGAUUUUUAAAAGAUUAGCCUGUUAAUUUUUAGAUAUACUGGAAAUCUGAUUUUGUGUGUGUGUGUGCAUGUAUGUGCGACACUAUUUCUUUGUACAGGUUUGACUGUCCUAGGAACUCCCUAUGAAGACUAGUAGACUAGGCUGGCCCUGAACUCAGAGAAGAGAUCCAUCGGCUUCUGCUUCCCAGUUGUUAGGAUUAAAGGCAAGCACUACUAUGCCCAGGCUCAAGGAAAUCUGAAAAACUGUAUAUACUAUGUUAUUAGAGAAUUUGUCACUUGUGUAUUCUCUGAAUGUAUAUGUAAUAAUAUAAAGUUAUUUAGAAACUCAUAAAACCCAGGGAAUCAGUUUUCAUUUAAUGAAGUUACAGCAUUUUCUGUUUAAGAUGUAUUUAAUUGUGUCUUCCUCCCCUCCUAAUUUGUCCCCAGAAUCAUAAAUGAUUUCUUAUAUUUAUUUUUUAAGGUUUAUUUAUGCCAUGGUUAAUUACAUACACCUUUAAUCCUCUAGCACUAUGGAGGCAGAAGCAGACAAUGAGUUCAAGGUUAGCCUGGUCUACGUAGCUAGUCCCAGACCAACCAAGACUAUAUAUUUAAUUUUACUUAGGUGUAAACAUUGAAAAAUGUAUGUUAGUCAUUCCUUCCCUCUGGUAUUCUGUAUAUGUUUAUAGCCUUUAAUCAUAAUAAAUAUACACAAGAAAAGCA